GAUAUACACUUAAGCUAUCCAAGCAUCAGAGAUUGUUAUUUAUUUGCUUGUAAAUAACUGUCAGUAGUUUUUUGGGGGCUGAAUAUCAAAUAUGGCUCAGCUUCAACAAGGGGAAAAAGAGGUCCAGUGUGAAGCUGACAAAUUAUUUGGUGUUUGGGCUCACAUAAUAAAUCCUGCUCAAAAAAUGUGCGCGGAAAAAGUUCAAAAGAGUGUGCUCAAUGAGGGGGAGUGGGAUAAGGUUGGUGCUCUCUUGAUUGGCAAUCGUGUCAUCAAUAACAUUGGUGAAUGUCCAUCCAUCAAAAGUAGGAUGGACGACAUAGAUGAGAAAAACAAGUCAGAGACACAUAGUUAUCAUGAUGGAUACGUCUUGGAGAGUUACUACAGGACGUUCAUUGAUGCAAGUAGUUUCAAAAAGUAAGGUUGCAUCGUCAAAUGAAGUUUAGAGUAUCUAAGUACGUAUGAGACAGAAGGAAGAUGCUCUAAAGCAAAUGUGUACGUUGAACAUAUAUGCUUGCGGCUUGCCCUCAGUGCUACCGCUUAUCUUUGAAGUGCUCGAUAACUUGCCAAUAUGUCAAGCAGUCAUGCAACUCUCUAUGUUAUUUUAAGUUAUUGUUAUUAAAAAAAAUGCCAUAAUAUAUCAUACGCUUGUGUAAUGUUAUUAAUGUUUACUAAUAUGCCGUAUAAUAAAUCUUUUGUCUCACAAA